AUGGGUAAGAAAGACAAAAAAGGGAAAAAGAAGGCUGUAGACGACUGGGAGGAGGACUUACCUACCGCAGAUUCCAAGGAACCUGAAAUCAUUUCAAAGCCUCCUGUUGCUGAUCCGGAAUCUGAUUUGCCCCAAGUCGUCGAGGACGACGAGUAUGGCGGUCUGAUGGCACAAAUUUCUAAAGCGGCAAAAAGCGAAAAGAAAAAGAAAAAGAAGAAUGCCACAAAGGACGCUGAUUUAUCAGUGACUGUUGACGAGGACCUUUCCAACGAACCGUCUGAACCUGUCGUCGUGACAGAGGUUCGAACGAUGCAACCCGAAGAUUGGGCUGACGAAGAAUUCGGCUCGACUGGCAAAAAAGAGAAGAAAAAGAAAAAGGGAGGCGACGUUUCUGAUGAAAAGGUGCUCAAUACAGAUGCUGAAAAGGCUGGUGAAGAUGGGGGGGAGAUCAAAUUGUUGAGCAAAAAGGAAAAAGAGAAGUUAAAGAAACAAAGAGAGAAAGAGAAGAAGAAGGCUGAAGCUGAGAAGAAAAAAGCAUCGCAACCAGUGGCACAGAAGGUUACGGAAGGCGAGAACGAAAAGGAAGUCGAGAAGAAGGUCGAUCUGCCACCACCAACACCCGUGGAACGUCGACGUAUCGAAGAGGAAGAACGACGCAAACAGGAAGCUAAACGAAUAAAGAAGGAAAAAGAGAAGGCCAAGAAGGAACAGCUCAAGAGGGAGGGUAAAUUGUUGACCAAGGCUCAAAAAGCCAGGCAGCAGCAAGCACAGCUGAGGUUACAGCAGAUGAUCGAAGCCGGUCAUAAAGUGGAAGGCCUGGAUAAGGAAGGUGAUCAGAAGCCAAAGAGAGUUGUUUACUCCAAUAAGAAAAGGAAACCUGGGAAGAAUCAAGAUAAGGAUGAAACGAAAGCCUCACCAUCAGGAACGGAGGUUUCUUCACAUAUCGCGGAAGACUCCCAAGAAAAUCUCGAGAAGGCUUUGGAAACGAGUGAAGAAGCUAACGUUAAAAAUAUAAAGGAAAGUUGGGAUGAAGAGGAUGAAGAGGAAAAUGUUGUAACCGUAGAAAAUGACAAAGGCGUUAAAGACAGCUGGGAUUUAUCUUCUGAUGAAGAGGAGGAAAUUCAACUACCUAAAGAAGAUGUGUCGGCUAAGAAACAGGUAAAAUCAGAAACACAAGCUUCAACGAAGGAUUCGGUCAAACCUCCAGUUCAAGCACCACCUCCAAAAACUCAACCUAAACCAUCUGCCAAGGAGGAGUCGGAGGAAUCUGAGGAGGAAUCGGAAGAAUCUGAGUCAGAUAGUAGCGAGGAAGAAACUGAAAGUGAAGGUGAAAUCACCGAGCACCAAAAACAAAUUAUGAAACGUAAAGCUGAAGCGGCAGAACGCAGAAAGUUGCGUCAUGAACAAGCCCUCGCUGCUCGAUCAAAAGAUGACUUGCGAUCUCCAAUUUGCUGCAAAUGUUUCGGAAAAGGGACCCCUAUAAUGAUGUAUGACGGUCGAAUCCAGUCCGUUGAGACGAUUAAGGAAAACGAUCAGGUCAUGGGCGAUGAUAGCACACCGCGUAAGGUUAGCGGUGUUACCCACGGUGAAGGACUUCUUUAUAAGAUUAUACCUAUGUACGAUUCUUUUGCUCUACCAUUUGUUUGCAACGAUGCACACAUCCUAGUUUUGAAGAUGAUCUCGGGACCUUCUGUGCAUCACCAAUGUUGCGAAGAUGGGUCUUCUCGCUUCCGUCUUCUUUACUUUGUAUUCAACCGUACCACCAAUCUCAUUGAAAAAAUGGAUAAACUGUAUUCAUAUCCAAGCAUCGAUUAUCCAACCGUAUUUUAUGCGGAAAAUACUGCCUUUCGUGAUCUGAAGUUGCUUGACCAGCUAGAAAAUACACCUUUGGGCAAGCCAAAAUCCGUCUAUUCGAUAGUACGCCCAGGUUUCAUAUGGCAACCGUCAGUCACGCAAUUCCUAAGUUGUGACCCGGAAGUGAAAGCGGAGGCGAGAAUGUAUUCUCCUGACGAAGUCAGGUUCCCAAAGCGCGAAGGUGCAUUCUCAAGAACAGUCGAUCAGGUCAUGGGAUCAUCGACGCCUGUUUCUGUAGUUAAAUUAUGUGCUUGGCUGAUAGGGUCUUGGAUUGGCGAUGGAUUUGAGAGUGUUGAGGUGCUCAGCGAAUAUAAUAAAGGUGUUUUGGAAUGCAAUGACGGGAAGACCUCCGAUCAUGAGAUUAGAUCAAAUCGGAAUGUUUUGACUGAACUCUUGAAAGGACUUGACAUCUUAGUGGACAAGGACAUUCCUGAUGCCAUGAUGUAUGAUGAUAUAAAUGCAGUUCGUCUCCCGCUUCUAUCUGGAUUAAUUAGUAGCCGAGGAUUCCAGAAUGAAACUUUAAAAAAUAACGAAAUGAUAAAGAAAAAAUUCUUGCACCUUUCCCGAUCAUGCGGCUAUGGAGAUUUUAUUAUUGACGCAAAUAGAAAGUUCGAUAAAUUUUCCAGGACGCAAAGACAAGAUCAACUCUGGCGAUUCGAGGUGGAAGAACUCGGUGUAGGAGAAUAUUACGGUUUCGUUGUUGACAGAAACCAUCGUUUCUUGCUCGGCGACUUUACCGUGACACACAACACCAAACUACUGGAUAAAAUUCGGCAAACGAAUGUUCAAGAAGGGGAAGCUGGCGGUAUAACGCAACAGAUAGGUGCCACCUAUUUCCCCAUGGAAAACAUUAAAAUAAAAACUGCUCCUCUCAACAAGGAUGGCAAACAAGAAUAUAAACUCCCUGGUCUCUUGGUCAUAGACACCCCCGGUCACGAGUCAUUUACGAACUUACGUUCUAGAGGCUCUUCUCUAUGCAAUAUCGCCAUCCUAGUUGUCGACAUUAUGCACGGGUUAGAACCGCAAACUUUGGAAUCUUUAAGGUUGUUACGUGACCGUAAAACUCCCUUCAUCGUGGCACUCAAUAAGAUUGAUCGUUUGUUUGACUGGAAACCUGUAGCCGAUAAUUCCUUCCAAGACUCGCUUAGUAAGCAGUCGAAAUCAGUACAGCGCGAAUUUGAAAACAGAGUUGAAAAGACGAUAUUGGCCUUCUCCGAACAGGGAUUAAAUUCUUGUUUGUAUUACGAGAAUAAGAACUUUGCAAAAUAUGUUUCACUUGUUCCAACGUCUGCCAUCACCGGCGAGGGCAUACCCGAUAUGCUCAUGUUGUUGGUGAAUCUAACGCAAUCAAGGAUGAGCAAUGAAUUGAUGUAUCUGUCCGAGUUAGAAUGUACCGUGCUGGAGGUCAAAGUGAUCGAAGGUCACGGUACCACGAUCGACGUCAUCCUAUCUAAUGGUGUUCUCAACGAAGGCGACAGAAUUGUACUUUGUGGUCUUAAUGGUCCCAUCGUCACUACCAUUCGGGCACUGUUGACACCCCAACCUCUUAGAGAACUGAGAGUUAAGUCUGCUUAUGUUCAUAAUAAAAGCGUGAAGGCCGCCCUCGGUGUAAAAAUAUCGGCACAAGAUCUGGAUAAAGCGAUUGCCGGUUCUCGUCUGAUGGUUAUAGGGCCUGAUGACGACGAAGAUGAUCUCAAGGAUGAGGUUAUGUCCGAUCUCAAGAGUCUGAUGAGUUCUAUCGAUAAAUCGGGUAAAGGUGUAUGUGUGCAGGCUUCAACCUUGGGAUCUUUGGAGGCACUUUUGGAAUUCUUGAAAGUAUCCAAGAUUCCCGUUUCUGGAAUUAACAUUGGUCCCGUGCACAAAAAAGAUAUAAUGCGUUCAGCCACCAUGCUGGAAAGAGCGAGAGAGCUAGCCGUUAUCCUGUGCUUUGAUGUCAAGGUCGACAAAGAAGCACAAGAUUUGGCAGACGAACUAAGCAUCAAAAUUUUCAAGGCAGACAUCAUUUAUCAUUUAUUUGAUCAAUUCAUGGAAUAUAACAAGGAUAUAAUGGAACAGAAACGCAAGGACCAGGCUCCUCAGGCAGUCUUCCCUUGCAUCCUCAAAAUUAUUCCUGGCGCAAUCUUUAACAAGAAGGAUCCAAUUAUAAUCGGUGUUGAUGUGAUCGAUGGGGUUCUACGAACUGGAACGCCCAUAUGCGUUGUGAAAGUUGACCCUGAAACAAAGGAACGCGAAAUCAUUUCACUUGGUAAGGUUACAAGUAUAGAACAAAAUCAUAAAAGCGUCGAUGUUGUGAAAAAAGGUCAGGCCGGUGGUGGCGUGGCCGUAAGGUUAGAAUGUCCUGUGUACGAAAGUCAAAAGACAUUUGGAAGACAUUUUACAGAGUCCGAUGAGCUGUAUAAUGUGUUGAAAGAAUCAUUCCGAGAUGAUUUAUCCAAAGAAGACUGGCAAUUAAUAAUUAAACUGAAAAAAAUACUAGAUAUUAAUUAG